AAAAUCUCUCUCUUUCUCUCUUCUUCUCUCUUUGUUAUACAGUUUCUCUCUCUAACGGUGAAGCAAUGGGUUUUCCGGUGGGCUAUUCCGAGCUCCUUCUCCCAAGAAUCUUCCUUCACUUACUCUCUUUCUUAGGUCUGAUACGAAAACUAAUAUCCACACUUUUUUGGCUCAUUGGUUUACCCGACUUCUUAGAGCCGGAGCCUUUUUCAUCUUCAUGGCCCGACCCACCUCCAAACUCCACCAACUCUAGCCACCAAGACUCUAACAUGUUUUCAGCAGCGCUGCUAGCUGGAGAGAUUUUGCCAGUAGUCAGAUUCUCGGAUCUAAACCGGCCCGAAUCCGAAUGUUGUGCGGUGUGUCUCUACGAUUUCGAAAACGACGAUGAGAUCCGACGGCUGACGAAUUGCAGUCAUAUAUUCCAUAAAGAAUGUCUGGACCGUUGGAUUAUGGAUUAUAGUCAGAUGACGUGUCCGCUUUGUCGUACGCAGUUCAUACCUGAUGAGCUUCAGAUGGUGUUUAAUCAAAAGCUUUGGUCUGAAGCUAGUGAAGUUUCUGAACUUCUUGUUGAAUCAUCUUAGGCAUAGGUCUUUUUACCUCUCUCUUGGAAUGGUGGUAACAUAUGUCACUUUUUUUUGUAGAACUUUGUUAUUAGUAUUGUGUUUUAUGAAUGUAAAUUAUAAAAGGGUAGUGGUUUCAGGCUAGAGAAAAAAAAAAGAAAAAGAAGAAAUUUGUAGAAUUUAUUCACAAAAAGGAAAUAAAUAAGUUAUUAUGACUCUGUACUAUUUUUUCUGUUACUGAAUGAAAAUAAAGCUAUUCAUUCACAGGUUUUUGUCAUCUGACUUUUAUUGAAAUAGUUUUGAUGGAAAAACGAAACUGAUUGUGUCGACUUUCUCAUUAGCAAAUUAAAAUGUGUAAAUAAUUUCUAAUUUAU